GUGGUGUACUGUAAAAAAAAAAAAAAAAAAUAAUAAUAAAUAACAAUAUAUAUAUUAUACACUGGAAAUAAAUUUGCUAUGAACCUUGUCACUGACAAGGUUUAAUACACCAUCAAAAACAACAAAAAAAAAGUAUAAACAAAUUUACUCAUUUUAAAAAUGAUUAAUAAUUAAUUAUUACAACAAUGAUUUGUUGUUUUUAGUUGUUAUGUAUUACAAUGUUAAACAAGUGAAAAUUAUUAAUUUUUAAAUAAUAAUAUUCGAUAAAACGGAGUACGGGAAGUGGGUUGUUUCGUUUGUGUCUGUUUUUUUUUUUUUUAAAUUUUUUUUUAAUCUGAGUUUUGUGGUUGUGGCCUGAGUGUAUAUAAAAAAAAAAAAAGGUGAAAUAAACACAAGAAAAAGAAGAAAUUAAUGGAAAAAAAAAAAAAAAAAUUUUUUUAUAUUUGAGUGACAGGAAUAAGGUGAUGAAUAAGAAAAACAUCAAGUGAAAAAAAAAAAGAGGAAAUAAUAAGAAAAUGUUGUGUUGUGAAAGUAAUGAUUUAAAAGUGUCUAGAUUUUAUUAAAAGUGAAAGAGAGAUAGUUAAAUAUUAAGCGUAAAAGAGAGACAAAUAUCAAAGGUGAUCAAAAAAAUUAUUGACCUCUUUGUUUACUUUGUUAAUAUUAAAAUAAUAUUGAUAAAUUACCGGUAAUAAUAUUGAGCAAAAAAAUAUAACAAGUGUUAUUAAUUUUUUUGAUUAAUUUAUAUGAAAAUAUUUUUAAUUAAUUAAAUACAAGUGCAUUUGUGUAAGUGUUGUCUGGUGCAGUUGACAUCAUGGCGAAUCCACGUAAAUUCAGUGAAAAAAUUGCCCUUCUUAACCAAAAACAGGCUGAAGAAACUGCUGCCUUUGAGGCAAUUAUGCGUGAAGUAUCAGAUGUAACAAGCAGAGUGGCGUCAGCAGGAAGUUCAGUUGGGGCAAGUCCCACUGGUACCUGUGGUGUCAUUGAGGCCCCAUUAUCAGUCAAAAGUGCUGGUGCAAGUCCUCCACAAUCAAGUGACAGCAAACAUCUUCAUAUUAACCUUGGCAAUCAAUUCAGGGGUGGUGGUUCAUUGCCAAAUGUUAACAAUCGAGAUACAACAAAUGAUUCUACUUCAAAUACUGAUGUAAUUCAUUCUAUUGAUCUUAAGACUGCAUUGAGUAAUCUUGAAGAAAUGCAACAAAAUCCAAUGAUGUAUAGAAAUAAUGAAAGAAGUAGAAGUCCAGGUGUUGGUCCAAUGAGAUCAAGACCAAUUGAAAAAAGAUAUGAUACAUCACCAUACAGUGGUACAUCUUAUUUAUCACCACCAUUACCAGAUACAUGGAGACGAACAAAUUCUGAUUCAGCAUUACAUCAAAGUGCAAAUGAAGCAUGUCAAUCAACAUCACAAAUUUCUCAUCGACGAGGUAGCGAUGCAGAUGCAUAUGCACAUGUUAUUGGAAAUAUAUCUGGUGAUAAUAGAGAUGGACAUCAUAAUUUUAUUGAACGUCCAAGGUCUUCCUGUGAAAUGCCAAGAGUACCUGGAAUACAUAUAUAUCCAAGUUCACAACCACCUGGACCACAAACACCAAUUGGUAAUAACACAGGAUCAUUGCCUGAUUUAAGCAAUGUUCAUUUUCCAUCACCACUACACAUACCAUUGGAUCAAGAAGAUCAUUCAAGUAGUACGCAGUAUAGUAACAGUCCUCAAACGGGCAGUCCUACGACUCUAUCACCUACCAGUUUGGCACAAGCUGGAAGGUUAUCCUUUUCACAGGAACACAGUCCACCAGGCGCCCAAGUAAAUAUCCUUGAGAAUCAUUUAUCAGUGCCUGUUAACUCUAGGUAUCUACAUACGCAUAAGGGUAUUACAUUGGAAAAUAGCACAAGUACUUCACAACAGGAUCUUCAAAAUUAUGGACAAACGUCUGCUCAUCCACCAUCAUCACAUAGUCCAGUUCAGUAUAUUUAUCAACAGCCACAUAGUCCAGUUCAGCCACAAAGUCCUUCACCACAACCUCAACAACAGCAACAGCACCAACAACAGCAGCAACAACAGCAGCAACAGCAUCAACAACAACAGCAGCAACAGCAGCAGCAACAACAACAACAGCAACAACAUCAAAUAAAUUCUUUAGGUUCUUAUAGAAGUUCACAACAAAUUAAUAGACCAUCUCCUCAAUCUUCACCUGGUUUAACAGUUCAAGGAAGUCCACUGAGUUAUAAUAGCAACAAUGCAUCAGCACCACCAAGUCCAACGAGAGGAUAUAAUUCAGAACAACAAAAUUUAGAAACUGAUAAUGCUGAUCAAGCAAAUUUUUUUCUUCAAACAGCACUUGAACAAUUCAACAUGAUGGAUUUAACGACGGUGGAUCCAAGUACCAUUUCUUCAUUCAUUGGAUCUUCAAAUGAUACUUCCAAUUAUUCACAGAAUGACAUGAUAAAUGUUGGUGGUGAAUUAGGAAGUGAUGCUGGUUAUUUUAGUACGAGUCCUCAAAUUGCAUACCAACCAAGGACACCAACAACAGCACAACAAUUAACUCCUCAAACUCCGACGAUCAUCUUGACUGAUUUUUCAGGCACUGAAGAUUUAACGAGUCAAGAAUUUGUUAAAGAUCUUGGAACAAUUUCUGGUGAUUUUGAUACAGAUUUAUUUACCUCUGACGAUGUCCUGAGACAGGGCCUUGGUCCAAUUGACCUUGACGGUCUACAAAUGCUCACUGAUCCUGACAUGGUGAUAACAGACACCAAUGCUGAAGAUCAUUUUAGAUUAGAUCGUCUUUAAAUAAAAUAAUAACUCAAAAUACAGACUUGACAAUUAGGAAAAAAAAAGCGAAAUUAAAUAUUAUGAUAAUAAUUGACAACAGGCCAAAUAAGUCUGUAAUGACAUAAUUUUAUUUUACUCAUGAAAAUUUAUUAUAAUUCCUGAUAGAUGACUAUAUUAAUGAGACAAAAAAUAAAAUAUAUAAUAAUUUUGAAUAAUAAAUUUUUAAAAUACUGAAUGUUAUUUGAAUUUCAUUGCAACUUCAAUGUGUCAAUUAAUUUAUCAGUCAAUUUUUAUUAAUCCAAUUUGUUCCUAAUGUUUUUUAAAUAUAUCCAUUGGAUGUGCAAUGAAGUAAUUCUCAUUUCUAUGAGCUCAUAAUAAAUAUUAAAAUUUUUAAUAAUAAUGUUAGUUGUUAAAUUAAUGAACAGAAAAAAAAAAAAAGUAAAAUUUUAAAAAUAAAUUUUAACUUGACGUUUAUUGAUUAUUGAUGAGUCAAAAAAUGAAAAAAAUUUAUAAAGCCUGUUUUUCAUUUGAUUUUAUACUACUUUGUAUAUUAUAUAUAUAUUCUAUGAUCUCUAAAUAUGCACAAAAUGAAAAAUUAAAUAUUUACGAUAAUUGAACAAACAAAUUAAUGUAAAUUGAGAUUUUAUUGUAUAGAAAUUAAUGACUGGAUUGACCGUAUAGGUAGAAAAGUUUUUUUAUUAAUAAUAAUUUUUUUUUUUUCCUUGUCUUAUUUAAUUUAAUUAAAGAAUCUCGUUAAUUAAAAUAUAGAAUGAAUCUUGUUAAAGCAUUUGUGUAUAGUUACAAAAGAAAAAAAAAAAUUCAUUUAAUUGUUUUUUUUUUUUUCUAUGAGAUAUAUAACGUGAUGUUCAAAUUUAUACUUGCCCUAAAAUUGUUUUUUUUUUAAUUUAUAUUUUUGUUUUUCACGUUGAUUAAUUGUUGUAUAUGCUCAUUUAGAAUCAUUCAAGUUGUGACUGUUUAUUUUUUAAUUUUAAAAGAGAAAAAUCUCAUGAAUUUUAAGUUUGGUUAUUUACAAAUACAGGCCUCCGGCACACUGUGAUACUUCUUAUUUUCAUCUGCAUAUCAUUUCAAUCAUUUGUGAAAAUGUUGACACUUAAAUAAAAAAAAAAAAAAAACAUAUUAAAUAAUAUCAGAACGAUGUUUUUUAAUAUAAAAAAAAAAAGAAAAAAAAAUGCUCAGGUAGAUUUUUUCCUCUGAGAAUUGGGACCCAGCAGUAAAAAAAAAAUAAAUAUACAAAAAAAAAAAAAAAAUGUUCUUUUUAACAAUAAAAUAAACAAAAAAAAUUCAUAAUAUUUUUGAAAAUUAAUCAUUGGAAUAUAUGCGUGUGUAAAUCUAUGUAACAUGAAUUAU